AUGCUGAGCCCGUGCGACUGCUUCCUCCACCACGCCCCCGGGCCGCCGCCGCCGCCGCUGAACCCGCCGUCGAAUCUCGCCCCCUCGGCGCACAGCGCCAGCCGCAGAGACAAAUGCCUCACGUUCCAGACCAACGCGGUCUCGGCUCCUCUAAGAACAACCGCCGUGGACACAUACCCCAGCGCGGCGGCGGUUCCACCCAGGGUCAACACCACCACCAGACAGUCCACCGUCCAAGGGAGGAAGAGCAACCGCGCGCCGGCCGGCUACGGCGGGUCGAUCCCGGCGAUGCUGGACGCGCUGGCCCGGUGCCGGGACGUCGGGGAGGCGCUGCGGCCGUGGAGGGACACGCUGAGCGGCCGGGAGCGGACCAUCCUCCUCAAGGAGCAGAGGGACUGGCGGCGGGCGAUGCAGAUCUUCCGCUGGUUCCACGGGGAGAGGUGCCAGGAGCUGAACGCGAUCCACUACAACGUCGUGCUCUGCGCGGUCGGGCGGGCGAGGCGGUGGGACCUCGUCGUCGGCCUGUGGCGGCAGAUGCGGUCCUGCGGGGUGGCGCCGGACAACGCGACGUACGGCACGCUCAUCGGCGUGUACUGCAGAGGGGGCCGGGAGAGGGCCGCGCUGCUGUGGCUCGCGGAUAUGUGCAAGCGGGGGCUGGCGCCUGACGAGGUCACCAUGAGCACCGUCCUCCAUGCGCAUAAGAUGGCCGGAGAGUACGAGGAGGCCGAGGUGUUCUUCAGGCGAUGGUCCUCUGAAUUGGGAGGACGUGGUCGCUGUGGCUUGUAUACUUAUAACACCUUGAUCGAUACCUAUGGCAAGGCCGGGCAGCUCGAGAAAGUGUCGGAUAUGUUCAACCAGAUGCUGAGGGAAGGUGUUGCGCCGAGUGUCGUCACGUUCAACACGCUGAUCCAUGUUUGGGGUAAACACCGUAGAAUGGAGCAUGUGGCGUCGCUGGUGAGGAUGAUGGAGGAGUUCCACUGCCUUCCUGACACUAGGACUUACAAUAUACUCAUCUGGCUGUACAGAGAAAGCAAUGACAUUGAUGCUGCGGAGUACUACUUUUGUAAGAUGAAGGCCGAAAAACUGGUACCAGAUGUCGUGAGCUGCCGCACUCUGUUGUAUGGGUACUCUACCAGGGGAAUGUUCGCUAAAGCGGAAGCCCUUAUUAAAGAAAUGGAUGAGAGUGGUCUGGGGAUCGAUGAGUACACGCAGUCAGCUGUGAUGAGGAUGUAUGUAAAUGCUGGGCUGCUUGAGCAAUCGUGGCGUUGGUUUGAGAGGUUCUGUAACCAGAUGGACUCGGAGUGCUUUGCUGCAAAUAUUGAUGCAUUUGGGGAGAAAGGGCACAUAGUCCUCGCAGAAAAGGCUUUUAUCUGUUGCGUGGAGAGGAAGAUGCUUAGUGUUUCCGUGUGCAAUGUUAUGAUCAAGGCAUAUGGGUUAGCAGACAAGCUUGAUGAGGCCUGUGAGAUAGCUGCUGGCAUGGAGAGGUAUGGUGUGCUACCUGACUACUUGACUUACAGUUCUCUCAUUCAGCUCCUGUCAACCGCUAAACUGCCAGAGAAAGCCCUCUAUUACUUCAGGAAGAUGCAAGCAGCUAAAAUGCCGAUUGAUUGUGUUCCUUAUUCUGUGGUAAUUACUAGCUUUGCUAAGGAUCACAACUUACACAUGGUUGAAUGCAUAUUUAGAGAAAUGGUCACUUCAGGGGUCCACGCGGAUGCAUAUGUUUACUCUACCUUAAUUGAUACAUAUGCUGAACUCGGAAAUGUCCAGCAAGCUGCAGCAUUUUUUGGUUUAGUGACGAAAGCUGGUCUAUGUGAGAGCGUUUCAAUCUAUAAUUCUUUGAUCAAACUCUACACGAAAGCAGGGUAUAUCGCAGAGGCGCAAGAAACAUACAAGCUUCUGAAAUCGUUAGAUAGUGAUGGCAACCUUUAUGCAUCAAACUGCAUGAUUGGCCUCUACAGCGAUCAUUGUAUGGUGAACGAAGCACGCGAGGUUUUUGAAGGUUUGAAGGUUAGGGGAAGUGCAAAUGAGUUUUCAUAUGCGAUGAUGGUGUGCUUGUACAAGAAAGUUGCUCGCUACGAUGAGGCUCACAGGAUCUCUAAGGAAAUGCAAGCUUUGGGGCUUCUAACUCUAGCAUUGAGUUAUAAUUCUGUGAUACAAAUGUACGUAUCUGCUGGAAAAGUGGAGGAGGCUGUGAAAAUAUUUCAGAAGAUGUUGGCAUCGAGCACACCGCCAAAUGAUGCAACUUUCAAGGCACUAAAAGUUAUUCUACUGAAAGGAGUUUCGUGUAUUGAGAUUGCAAAGUUAGAGUCUCUCAGAAGGAGUCACACUCAGGAUUGCUUGAAUCAGUGGAACAGGGCAUUAUCGUUGGUUGUAAGGUCAGAGGGGACUACCUCUCGACGCAUUAUUAGAGAUUCUGGUACAAGGAUACAUUCUUAUUACAUCGACAGUUUCUGAAGUAGCUGAAGGGGAUAACAGAAGAAGUAAGUCCAUAACAGAUUUCAGUUGAUUCAGGAUCUUCAUUGAUAUGCCACAGUGAUGAUCCAUGUGCUGUGCUUUGCAAGGAGAGCACACAUGUCAUCCUCAAAAUGAGUACGUGCUUAUUAAUUAAUUGAUGGAUUUCAAGUACUCAGAAAUGUAUCCCGACAUGUAUCCUGCUAGAUUACAGCAGAAAUAUAACACGAUUGCGGCACAUCUCCAGUUGUGUUAAAUUACAUUUAUUGCAUCAAACUUUCAGAGAGGUCUUUUAACUCCCAGAUGUUAUUCUGCUGAAAGAAGCUUCGUGAAUUCAGGAGAAUGGAUGAUCAGACUGGCGAUCUGCCCUUCAGUCUAUAAAUCGAAAGAGGGGAUGAGUCUGGAAUUUACUCCUACGAAUUUUGGAACUCAGUUGAGAUACAAUCUGUUCAAGGGAGAGGUAAAGUGUGUUCUUCGAUGUAAAGCAUGAGAAUAAAUUCUUACAAAUGUUGUUUAGUGUCCAUCAAUGUGCCUGAGGAACAAAUUAAUAUCUUAUCUCAGAUGUUCGGUUGCAAAGCGAGUCCUUUCCCUUGAAACAUCUUGGAGUUCCUUUACAUUUUAGCAAACUCGGGAAAGAAGACUUACAACCUGUAAUUGACAAGACCAUCAAGGGAGUUGGGGGCUGGAGGGGCAGAUUACUCUCUUAUGCAGCUUGUAUGCUUUGUCCGACACGAUGGUUGCCAUCUCUUCUACUCCCUCGGAUCCGACUGCUGGAACAUAAGAUGGAAGCAUCAGCUCAGCCAAGCAACUGAAGAAACCGAGGACGGCGACGGCCAGUCCUCGCACUCGUGAAAUACUGACCCGGCGACUGGUGGCUGCAUCACAGCUCCAAGGCAAGGGAGGAAAAAGUGGUGAUUGAAAAUGAAGGAUGACAUGGCCUGCGUGCCUGAUGCUUCUGGACGAGCUGUAAUGAUGCUACUUCCCAGUUAUUUUCUUCCCGUCCAGUUGCU